GCGUCAGUUGUUGACAGGGUGAAGGGGGGGUGUCCGCUGGUGUCGACCUCCGACAGCUCUGAAUGUUCUCUCGGCUCUGUCCUGUCACUGGGGCCGCUCUCUAAGGCACAUGGUGUUAGUGGACCGUUCAGUAACCGAACAUAUGCUGCCAUGAUUGCUUUGUGUCGCCUGGUUAACAGAGGGCUGCUGAGCAGCCGGCCGUCGUGCCGUCUUUUCGCCGGACAGGUGGAUGCGUCUCCCCCGGUCCGGACAGCCAGCUCAUCCAGUCCUGUCAACUUGACCUACGAUGUCUUUGACGGUAAGGGGGAGAGCACGCCUCUGGUGUUUUUGCACGGCCUCUUCGGCAGUAAAUCCAACUUCCAUUCAAUAGCCAAGUCCUUGGUGCAACGCACCGGCCGAAAGGUGUUGACUGUAGAUGCUCGUAACCACGGAAACAGCCCCCACACCCCUGAGCUGACCUACGAAGCGAUGGUCGCUGAUUUGAAACACCUCCUCGGCCAGCUGCACAUCGAGAAGUGCGUCCUCGUCGGCCACAGCAUGGGGGGAAAAACCGCCAUGACAACAGCUCUGACACAGCCGAGUUUAGUGGAGCGGUUGGUGGUCGUGGACAUCAGUCCAGCCCAGACCACCACACGUACCAACUUCCGCUACUAUAUCCAGGCUAUGCAGGAGAUGAAGAUCUCCACCGACAUCCCCAGGUCCACUGCCAGACGGAUGGCUGAGGAUCAGCUCCGAAGUUUAGUGAAGGAGCACUCUGUGCGUCAGUUCCUGCUGACCAACUUGGUGGAGGAGAACGGACAUUACUCCUGGAGGGUCAACCUGGAGGCCAUUGCUGCUCACCUUGAUGAAAUCAUGAGUUUCCCCAGCCUUGACUCUGUCUAUGAGGGACCAACGCUGUUUCUGGGUGGGGCCAGCUCUGCUUAUAUCAGCUCUGACGAUUACCCAGAAAUCCAAAGGCUGUUCCCCAACGCCGACAUCCAGUACAUCCCAGAUGCUAGCCACUGGAUCCACGCAGACAAGCCUCUAGAUUUCAUCAGCUCCAUCAUCUCCUUCCUCCAGUCUUAGCUGCCUCCAAGCCAAGCCUGCAGACUUUCCUUGUUAACGCUCAGCCCUUCUGAGCGCGGAGUGGAGUCCAUAACGAUCCUAACGUUCGCCAACGCAGGACCAAACCCACUCUCCUGCUGCAGCCAGUUUUACCUUUUUAACUCUAUCAGUGGUUGUAGUGUAGAUUAUUUUAAUUUAUUCUCCCAGACACUUAGUGGUUGUAGAUUCUUCAGCUUGUUGACAUGUUUGAGUUGAUUUUUAGUUUAGCAUCAUGGGGCUAUUUUCGGAGGUAAUGUACUAAUCCAAAGAAACUCUCCUUUGCACUGUACUGUCUUUGUGUUUGGAUACAGUAGAUCUCAAAACAUACACAACCCUGUUAGAAAGCCAUAAGAUAAUGAAUUGUAUGAUGCAUCCAGUAAAAGAAUCCCUAUUCAGAGGAUAAAAAAAAAUGUUUCUAAAAAAAAAUUGAAGCAGCUUUCAAUUUUAUUUUAGCUUUUAAUCCACUUCAGUAACAGUCUGCCUAAACCACUUCCUGACAUGAAAAUAUUUUCCCAAUUUUGUUUUACAAAACGUCCUCCUUGAGUUUACGUAUCUCAUUUACAGCUCGCUGUUUUUAGAUGACUCCACAUAUUUUAAAAGCCAAAAUCCCGUUUUUCAACCAUUUGAAGUCAUAUUUUUGGACCCAGUGUAACACUUAGGCUUUAAUCCCUCCAUAAUCGUAUCAAUCUGAAGAGAAGUAGCACCCACAGCAUGACACAGCCACUGCCGUGUUUCACUGUAGUCAUGUUGCUUUGUGCCAAAUUCAUCUAUGAAAUUCUGGCCUAAAGUUUAUUUUUUUGUUUUGUUUUUGUUUGGAAUCUUUAAACCACAGAACAUUUUAUCAGAAGAUAUUUCUUUUUUUUGUUUUUUUUUUCCCCAACUAUCAUCCUUGGCCCAGACAUACAGGGGAUGCAGUGUUUGUCAGAAAUGUAGUUCUGCUGUUAGACUCUUGGCAGCCUCAUGCAUGUUUAAGUUUCCAGUUUGUGUUUUUGAAGAGAAAUGUUGUAUCGUCUCUGUUAUCUGUCGCCUCCUCCCUUUGCCUCACUACAAAAGCUACAGCUUAGCAUUUUUGUUUUUCUACAAGGAAAGAUCUUACCAACCUUUCUGAACUUUAUCUUCCUGACUAGAAACAGUUCUGUUCGCUAAUGGAGGCAACUGUAACAGAACCCAAAGUAGGGCAGCCGAGCUGUAGUUCAGGUUUACUGGUUUUACUGUUAUUGAUGAGCUAAAGUGGACUGAAUGUUUAAAUCUAAUUAAAAUGUUUCAAAGGGUUCAA